CUUUGUGCGUGAUUCUCGACACACCAUUCUGAACUGGCCAAUUUCACGAUCAGCUCCCCCCCGCGACAAUCAACCGAACCGAAACGCCCCGACUUUACGACCCGACCAGCAUCGUACAGGUGAGCCAUCUCUCCCCUCGAGAAAACACUGCUUCAUCGCAUCGCAAAAAAAAAGAACAAUAAUCUGACGAACGAAUCCGAGCGAUACAGCUACUCCCCACACAAUGUCGUCGACUGCCGAGCUUGCAACCUCCUACGCCGCGCUCAUCCUUGCGGAUGACGGCAUCGAUAUCACAGCCGACAAGAUCACCAACCUUAUCAAGGCUGCCAACGUCGAUGUUGAGCCCAUCUGGGCUUCGCUCUUCGCCAAGGCCCUCGAGGGUAAGGACGUCAAGGACCUGCUCAUGAACGUCGGUUCCGGAGGUGGUGCCCCCGCUGUCGGAGGUGGUGCUCCUUCGGGAGGUGCCGCUGCCGCCGGUGGUGCUGCUGAGGCCGUUGAGGAGAAGAAGGAGGAGAAAGACGAGGAGGAGUCCGACGAGGACAUGGGUUUCGGUCUGUUCGACUAAGCGGAUUUCAAUUACAAAUAAAAUCCUUGUCAUGGUUUCGAAACUCCGGCGAUGUGGGUGCUUUCUGGGUUAGAAAAUGGCGUUCAUGUUCUCUUCGAUGCUGGACGGAUAGCAAAUGCGAAUGUCUGGUGCACCAACUUUGUUCCAACAGUGAUACCGUAAUGCUUUUCCCGUGAUCUGCCGCCUUGAGUACUCUGGAUAGAACAGCUGAAUUCAACUGUGCAACCUCCUUUGCCCAGCAUCCAUUGCCCGACCAUGAGCCCGUAAAGUCUGCAGCGUAACGUCC